GGCGUGGCAUCGGCUCAGGGCGCCUGAAGGAGACUUAGGGGCGCCGGAACCGGUCCUUUCGAGUCUUUGCGAGCCGCUGCCCGCGCCCCAUGAGGAAGAUGCUCGCCGCGGUGUCUCGCGUGUUGUCUGGUGCUGCUCAGAAGCCGGCAAGCAGAGUGCUAGUGGCAUCCCGUAACUUUGCAAAUGAUGCUACAUUUGAAAUUAAGAAAUGUGACCUUCACCGGCUGGAAGAGGGCCCUCCAGUGACCACAGUGCUCACCCGGGAGGAUGGGCUCAAAUACUACAGGAUGAUGCAGACUGUGCGUCGAAUGGAGCUGAAGGCAGACCAGCUGUAUAAGCAGAAAAUUAUUCGUGGUUUCUGUCACCUGUGUGAUGGUCAGGAAGCCUGCUGUGUAGGCCUGGAGGCCGGUAUAAACCCCACAGACCAUCUCAUCACAUCCUAUCGUGCUCACGGCUUCACCUUUACUCGGGGCCUUUCUGUCAGAGAGAUUCUUGCUGAACUAACAGGACGAAGAGGAGGCUGUGCUAAAGGGAAAGGAGGCUCAAUGCACAUGUACGCCAAGAACUUCUACGGGGGCAAUGGCAUCGUUGGAGCUCAGGUGCCCCUGGGAGCAGGGAUUGCCCUGGCUUGCAAGUAUAAUGGAAAAGACGAAGUCUGUUUGACAUUAUAUGGUGAUGGUGCUGCUAAUCAAGGUCAGAUAUUUGAAGCAUACAAUAUGGCAGCAUUAUGGAAAUUGCCUUGUAUUUUCAUCUGUGAGAAUAACCGAUAUGGAAUGGGAACGUCAGUUGAGAGAGCAGCAGCCAGCACGGAUUACUACAAGAGAGGAGAUUUUAUUCCUGGGAUAAGGGUAGAUGGAAUGGAUAUCUUGUGUGUCCGAGAGGCAACAAAGUUUGCGGCUGCCCAUUGUAGAUCUGGGAAGGGGCCCAUCCUGAUGGAGCUGCAGACUUACCGUUACCAUGGACACAGUAUGAGUGACCCUGGAGUCAGUUACCGCACCCGAGAAGAAAUCCAGGAGGUAAGAAGUAAGAGUGACCCGAUUAUGCUUCUCAAGGAUAGAAUGGUGAACAGCAACCUUGCCAGUGUUGAAGAAUUGAAGGAAAUUGAUGUUGAAGUGAGGAAAGAAAUUGAGGAUGCUGCUCAGUUUGCCACAGCUGAUCCGGAGCCGCCUUUGGAGGAACUAGGACAUCACAUCUACAGCAGUGAUCCACCCUUUGAAGUGCGUGGUGCCAACCAAUGGAUCAAGUUCAAGUCUGUCAGUUAAUGGGAGACUGUAUUCAAUGGAUGUUUGUUGCCAACUGUAAAGAACUCUUUGUGCUUUCAAUUUUAAAGACAGGUAAUAUCCAGACAAAGUCUAUUGUAAAGUUUCAUUAAGACUAAUAUGUAAAUUAAAUAAAAGAGUAAUUGCAUGUAGUUUGUAUAUUUUAAAAUUGAUGUAUUUCACGUCAAAGAAUAUUGGGUUGGUGUAUAUCUAGUUAAGACAGUUAAGCCUUCCCUCAUUAUAAAGGACAUCCCUGCCUGUGGAGAAACAAGCAAGGAUGCGAUGAAAUAAUUGUUCCAUUUGAAAGUAAGACUACUUCUCAAUCAUGUCAGAGACAAAAUAAUUUAGUUUUUUCCAUUUAUACAUUUCAACAAACAAGUUAUAUUUCUAUUACAAGGCACAUUUUUAACAUGUUUAUUUAUUACUACGUACACUAAAACAACUCCCAGCCUCUUAUACCCAGUGAUUGAUAAAAGGUAGAAUGACUUUGAAUGAAACAUUAAUUUCUAAUGUGCUGGGAUAUCAAAACAGUCACUAACACACAAUUCUGUACAUCUUUAAUCAUGUUGAUAAACAGCAAGAUGUUUUUAAACUGUAUCAGUAAGGAGAGUCUUUAAAUGCUUGAAUUAAAUGAGCAAGGGUGUUUCUGUGCACACUCGGAAUUUUUGGGGUCAUGAACAGAAGCUUUAACCACAAACAGCGUAUUGGCUCACUCUCCUCAGCGUAGGUGUCUGAUGACACCUAAUCGUCUAUCACUGUGAAGACUCUUGAGCCUGUCUUCUAUGCUGGGAGACUGCAUGCCAGAGUCUACAGAGGACACCACCACUGCAAAACAAGAGAAUCACUAUUGUGGCAAAAGCUUUAGCAUUUAUCAUUCAUUUGCCAUCUGCUCAUCAAAAUGUAAUCUCUUAACUUAAAGCAAAAGUACGUUCUCUUCAAGGUCUACUUGUGGGUAUUUAGAAUGCUAUGUGCAUGGCUGCUAUUUAAAGGACCUUGUAGUGCCUCAUGCCUUCUUCCCACCUUAAAGCUAGAACUGAGUUUGGACAGAGAUGAGUAGUGUACUUUCUAAGACAUAGGAAAUAGAGUUCAAGGAGAGGCAGAAAACCUUUUGUUUUCUACUUCAUUUAAGAUCAUAUCCACACAAAACUGGAAGUGCUUACCGUAGUCUAAGGCCUCUUAGGUCUUCCUUAGUGAUGUUAUUAAGAAUAUCUGAAAGUGUAUAAUCCUCUUCAACAAUCUGAAAAAGAUUAAAUAUAUGAGAGAAGCUUUUCAACAGUAGCAUAAAAAUGCUUUUGAAUCACAAAUUUACCUUUUUGAUUGUAUUUGCAUCCACUCCUUGUAGUUGCAACCAAUUUAUAAGAUCUGUGUCUAUUCCAGGCCCAUCAGGGGAUGUUGUGUUCUCUGAAAUACCUGUAAUUAUUAGAACUGUUUUGUAGCAAUGUGUAACCACAAAAUGCUUCAAAAGUGAAUGCAGUGAAAUAUCCAGAAUGUGACAAGAAAAAGAAAUGAAUUAAACUUGGAUGAUUCAGCAGCUUUAA